AUGCGAGUGCCGGCUGGGAUAGGGACGGGAGCCCCUGUGCUCCUGUGGCUGCUGCUGCUGCUGCUGAUGUCCCACUCAGCCCACGCAGCCAUCCUGGAGGUGAACGGGAACCUGAGCUGUAGGUGUGCCAAGGCAACCUCGGACUACAUCAGUCCCAAGAAAUACGAGAGCAUUGAGAUAAGGCCUGUGGGCAGCACCUGCAGGCGCACGGAGAUCAUAAUUAAGUUAAGAGCUGCAGGGAAGGUGUGUGUGAAUCCCGAAGCCCCUUGGGUAAAGAAGCUGCUGAAGCGUAUCGCCAGCACGAAGAAAAGAUAAGUUUCCUGCUAAGGAAGUUGAUGCCCAGAGCCCCAAGAUGGGCUGGUGGACGAUGCCUGGGUGUGCAGACCUGGCUGCUCCUCACCUUGCCCUCGCUUCCCCGCCUUCCUGAAAUCCCCACAUCUGGCUCCACUGGCAGUGCCUGUAGGGAGGGUGGCUC